AGUGACUCAGUAGGGUCAGGAACUCUUUCUGUACCAUCGUCUUGUAACAUGGGCCAGGAUGGAGUUUUACCUGGAAAUUGAUCCGGUCACUCUGAAUUUAAUCAUUUUAGUGGCUAGUUAUGUCAUUCUGCUGUUGGUAUUCCUGGUAUCCUGUGUACUUUAUGACUGCCGGGGGAAAGACCCCAGCAAGCAAUAUGCUCCAGAGACUGUUUCAGAGAACAGGUCUCCCAUCCGCUUGGUGGUGAUGCAACAAAGUGCGACUUGGGGGAAGCAGUAUGAAAAGAAUUCUGAUGUUCUGGAGAAAAGAAUCACUGUUGUCUGAAGACCAGUCUCUCUUAGCAACGCUCAGGAGCAGCCUGGCUGCCACAAGGAUGCCUGCUUUCAGUUUGCAGAAGACGAAAUUCGCUAAGUUCAUGAACCAUAGAGCCCCAGCUAACUGUCGAUACAAGCCGACAUGGUAUGAACAUGCAGCCAACUGCUACACACACGCAUUCCUCAUUGUCCCAUCUAUUGUGGGUAGCGCACUGCUACAUCGCCUGUCCGAUGAUCGAUGGGAAAAGAUAACGGCCUGGAUUUAUGGUAUGGGCCUUUGUGCCCUUUUUAUAGUGUCCACUGUGUUCCAUAUAGUUACCUGGAAAAAGAGCCACCUAAGGUCAGUUGAACACUGUUUCCACAUGUGUGAUCGGAUGGUCAUCUACUUUUUCAUCGCAGCUUCCUAUGCUCCAUGGUUGAACCUACGUGAACUUGGUCCUUUGGCUUCGCACAUGAGGUGGUUUAUAUGGUUAAUGGCGGCAGGAGGAACCGUUUAUGUAUUUUUAUACCAUGAAAGGUAUAAGAUUGUUGAACUGCUCUUCUAUUUAGCAAUGGGAUUUUCUCCUGCUUUAGUAGUGACGUCAAUGAACAACACAGAUGGUUUACAUGAACUUGCAUGGGGAGGGCUGAUCUACUGUCUAGGAGUGGUAUUCUUCAAGAGCGACGGAAUCAUCCCCUUUGCUCAUGCAAUCUGGCACCUCUUUGUUGCCCUGGCAGCUGCAGUCCAUUACUAUGCCAUUUGGAAAUACCUUUAUAAGAGCCCAUCUGCAGACCUCAUCCGGCACUUAUGACAGAACCUCUAACACUAAUCAGUAUUACUUGACACGGAAGGAAUGAAUGGUCAGGCGAGGGAGGGGUCGAACGGUAUAUUAUAUAUAUAUAUAUAUAUAUAUAUAUAUAUAUAUAUAUAUAUA